GAAGAAAGUUGGAGCGAAAACCAAGAAAUAAAUGGCGGCCCUCGGCUUUUACUCCGACCUCGUCCUCCUCUUCCCCCGGCGAUCUUUUGUCUUAAACCCUAGCCCCAAGAUCAAGGGGAAGAAGAGGAGGCUCGCUCUCUCGAUCCCCCCCAGCUGCUCCCGUCGAUCUCCCAAUCGGCCGCCGCCCGACGGUCCAAAGAAGAGGAUCUCGGAGCAGUCCUCGUGGGAGUCCAAGGACGCGGACGGGAAGGACUACUUGUACCGGCUCGGGCAGGAGGCCGACAACAUGAACAUUGCGGUCGGGGCCCGGAAGGGGAUCGUCGAUGAUCUCUUCGUCGGCGAGUUUCUUGGAAAAGAUUCGGAUAUUGUUUUCGAUUACAGGCAGAAGGUGACGAGGUCGUUUGAGUACCUCGAGGGCGACUAUUACAUAGCUCCAGUUUUCUUGGAUAAAAUUGCAUGCCACAUUGUGAAGAACUAUAUUGCGCAUCUCCUCAAUGUGAAAGUUCCUCUAAUACUAGGCAUCUGGGGAGGAAAAGGCCAAGGAAAAACAUUUCAAACUGAACUUAUUUUUCAAGCAAUGGGAGUUGAGCCGGUCAUUAUGUCUGCAGGAGAACUUGAAUCAGAGAGAGCAGGAGAACCAGGCAAGCUCAUACGUGAACGGUAUAGAACAGCUUCCCAAGUGAUCCAAAACCAGGGAAAAAUAAGCUGUUUGAUGAUCAAUGAUAUCGAUGCUGGCCUUGGGAGAUUUGGAAACACACAAAUGACGGUCAACAACCAAAUUGUUGUUGGAACACUGAUGAAUUUGUCAGAUAAUCCUACAAGGGUGAGCAUUGGGCAGAAAUGGAGAGAAUCAGAUGUUACACAUAGAGUUCCCAUCCUUGUAACUGGAAAUGAUUUUUCAACACUUUAUGCUCCCUUGAUUCGAGAUGGAAGGAUGGAGAAGUUCUAUUGGCAACCAGAUCGUGAAGAUGUAAUCAAUAUUGUUUACCGCAUGUAUGCUAAAGAUGGAAUUUCUAGAGAUGAAGUCAUCAGCCUUGUAGAUACAUUUCCUAACCAAGCCUUGGAUUUUUAUGGAGCAGUGAGGUCCAGGACAUAUGAUCAGUCAAUCUCCAAGUGGAUAAGUGAUAUUGGUGGAUAUGAAAAUCUUGGUGAGAAACUUAUGAAGGGAAGGAAAAACAGCAAGCUUCCUACAUUUAUUCCUCCUAAGCAAACAGUUGAGACUUUGCUUGAAUCAGGACAUUCCCUUGUCAGGGAGCAGCAGUUAAUAAUGAAUUCCAGACUCUCGAAGGAAUACAUGAAAAAUAUUGAUGACUAGUUAAAGGUUAUUCAACAUAUAUGGGCUGUUGUGAUUCCAACUGCUGUUGGUGCUAUACGACUUGAAGAGGAAGCAAUAUGGGAAAUGGAAGCGGAAAAUAAAUGUCCUAACCCGGGAAACAAGGAACUGAUCUGCAGAAAUGGAAAACAUUUUAUUGCAUUCCCUGUUACCAGAUUGCAAAUGCUGAUAAUGGCAAGCAGAUAGCAAUAGGUGUUAUGAUCAUUCUAAUUUAUGUUUUCAUUUUUUCCGAGGGCUAAAACCCUGGAUAUUGGAUCGAGACAAGAGGUAAAUCUCCCAAGAAAAAUCCCCAAAAAGCGGAAUAAAUAAAUAAAAGAAUAGUGUGUGUGUCUUUCGCUAACGGAAGCAACGGACCCAACGCAAGAACUGUGAUAUUACUGUAAAAAAAUUGAUUUAAAGAUAAGCAUAUUAAUUUCCUAUAGUA